GCGCGCGCGCGAGAGAGAGAGAGAGAGAGAGAGAGAGCGGCUACAUCUACGGUUAACGAAGGCGCGGAGGAAGAUUCAUGGACGGGAUCUGCUCAGGAAGUUGGUCCCGACCAGGGGAUAAACUCCAGGUGUGUGGUGGCAGUGGCUUUUUUAGGGGGUUGAAUAUUAUCAUAUCGAGAAGUGCGCCGCCGGGUUAACGUCUCUUUUUCAGAUUUGCGUCCAUCUUGUCUUGCAAGGAUGGACGGAAACAAGGAUGACGCUGCCAAAUGUAUGAGGAUAGGGGUUGCGGCAUAUGAGGCGGGGGAUGUGGAGAAGGCAAUCAGGUUUCUCGCGAAAGCGCAGAAGCUGUACCCUUCGCGAGAAGUUGCGGAUAUUCUGUUGAGGAUCGCAAAAGGCGAGAAGAAUGGCGUUAAUGGGUACGAGAGGGACGACGAGCAAAGCAGGUCACAGAAUAGUGAGAGUGCGGAGCCGUCGUCGAAGUACGAUGGUGGACAACCUGGUCGACCUGGUGCAGCUUCUGCCUCCGCAGAUACGGAACCGUCCCCGUCGUCAUCGAACGUCCGCCGAAGAACAGUGUCGUCCGCUGGGGCAGCGGAAGGAGGUAGUAGUAAUGGUAGCGCUGGUCCUGCCACUCCCGAACAGAUUGAGGCGGUGAGGAGUAUCUGUGGGUCAUCGAAUUACUACGAGAUGUUGGGUCUGGAAAAAGAGGCCACGGAUGAAGAUGUGAAAAAGGCAUAUAGGAAGCUGGCUCUGAAACUCCACCCGGAUAAAAACAAGGCGCCGGGGGCUGAAGAGGCGUUUAAGAAAGUAUCGAAGGCCUUUCAGUGUCUGAGUGAUGCAGAUCUGCGAGCCAACUAUGAUCGAUAUGGUCACGAAGAAGGGAUUCAAGCGAUACAGAGGCAGAGGGCGGCAUCGGCAGCGAGAACGGAAUUGUAUGACGACUUCGAUCCCAACGAAAUCUUCAACGCGUUUUUCUUCGGGACGGGUUACCCGAAUCUCCGAGUCUACCGGACGUUCAGCAAUCGGCACCCUCAGCGAGUGUACACGCAGCAUGCGAAUUAUGCGAACCACCAGGAACCGGCCGGUGGGUUCAGCGUUAUCGGGUUGAUUCAGUUGCUUCCGGUGGCAAUGUUCCUCCUCCUGACCAUCUUCUCUGGCUCCGAUCCAGUUUUCCGUCUUGAGCGCAAAGAUCCUUACCUGUACGAGCGCAGGACAACCAAGCUUGAUGUUCCUUUCUAUAUUAAGAAGAACACGUUCGAGCAAGAUUAUCCCCUUCAUAGCAGGCAGAGAAAGAGGCUAGAAGAUCAAGUGGAGUCACAGUACAGAGAGAACGUUGAAACGCGGUGCUUCUACGAGCAAGUACAGCAGCAACAGCUUUACCGAAGUGGGCAUGCGAGCAAAGCCCGAUCUAUGAAAAUGGCCGCUUGUGACGAGUACCGACGAAUCCAGUCCGUGUAUUGAAGUGGGAUGUCGUUUGCUGUGUUUCUUCUUUCUAGAUAAGCUUUCCUGAUGAGUGAUGGGUGGUGGCUCAUUUUCCUUGUUCAGAGUUAUAGUGGCACCUGUUCUUCUUAUUAGCACGUCCAUUAGAUAUUGAAGUAGAUCGUAAUUUGAUGUACGAUUUUCAUUUGCAGCACAGCAGGUGUGAGAACAUGUGAGGCGUGUGGCUCCUUCAGGAAACUCGUUUGCUAUGGAAGAAGGUUCUCCCCUCGUAUUUCUUGUUGUAUGGGACCGUGGGGACCACUGGAACCGCUGGGACCACUGGAACCAUUCGGCAAUCGAGUUCCGCUAGAAGUUCUAGGGAGGUUCCGCUUCCAUUCCCCGGCGAUCCUACCUCUCCUUGGCACAAGUUUUGGGCCAUCAGGCUCUCUGCUGGAUUGGGCCUUGUGGCUGGGCGAACUUGAGAGCAAGCAAGCUUUCGCCGGGCCCAUGGACCUAAGGGUAGGGCUUAUAAAGUGGGUAUCUAUCGCAGCGGGUCAGUGGGGUGUUUCGCCACUGGUAAACCAUUUGCCGUGCAGCUUGCUUCGGAUCGUUCUGUGGAGAGAGACACAGCUCAUGCCAAAAUCGUUCCGUCUGUGGAGGGCGCCUCUGCAUCCGUCAGGGAGUUUGUACGUCCUCUGGCCAUUAAUGGUGAAUGGGGUCGCUUCUGUGUGUUGAAUGCAGGAUUACUGACGGUGAAUCUGGUUCCACAGCAAUGAGUGGUUUGUAAUUGAGGCUUCUGCCGGAAAAGAAUAAUCUUCAGCGGCUUUUCUCACUUGCAACAACUCUCUGUGGCCCCGUGGUCCCAUGCCUCUUCCAGUUCCUGGCGACAUUCUGCUGCUCUCUGUUGUUGUUCUCGUCGUCUCCGCUGCUCGGCAUAGUGAGUACCGAGUAGGAGAGCGGGGGGGGGGGGGGGGGGGGGGGGGGGGGGGGGGGGGGGGGGGGGGGGAGGUGCGAGCGGGGGCAAGAAGAGGUGUGCUCCUGUUUGCUAUUUGCGAUGCUGUGGCCUCUGGGCAUAGCAAGUAAGGAGCGGGGAACACCCAAGCCGAGGCGGAAUGAUUAAGGGGGCACACACCUAAGGGGCCCCUGGGUGAAAUCCAUGUCUCUGCGUGCCAACGAGGUUUCACCCCUUUUUUUUCUAGGAGGGAGGAUGCAUAUUGAUGUUGUGAGUCGUCCUUUUGGCCGGCCCGGCCGCCUUCUUUGCAGUGGGCAGUGGUGUAUUGCGGAUGCUAGGCACCUGUUUUUCGCACUCCUUAUUGCUAGUGCGAUGAGCGGGCUCUGCUCGCGGCAGUGGAGACGACGAUAAUUGAAUAAAAAAGUGGAAGGUUGGAAAUCUAUCUGGUUGAGUGGCCGCUCUCGGAGGAAUGAGAGGUGUCGAAGUCACCGCCACAGAGAGAGAGAGAGAGAGAGUGUUUGCUUCGCAGCAAACGGACAUCCCCCCCUUGAGACUUGAAUAGCACACGUGAUCGUGGAGUUUGGAGUUGGAGUUUGUACUGGUGCUGCACACACGAAUGUAACAGUACAGCAGUUAUGGGUUCCAAUUGUCACAAUCGUGGCCACAGAAAAAAAGGCACCCUCUCCGUGCGUGCCAGCUUUCUGUUUGGUCAAGCCAAUUUAAUGGCCUGCGCAGUUUGAGCUCUCAAGCUGGGCGUCGUUGCUGCAUUCUUUAACUUCCUAUUGUUUAUUCUCUCUCUCUCUCUCUCUCUCUCUCUCUCUCUCUCUCUCUCUCUCUCUCUCUCUCUCUCUCUCUCUCGUAUGUGCUUGUGCACACAGCAACACGUGCUUGUGCGAUCAUGCAUAUAGACAUGCACAUGCGCAGAUGCGUCCUGAAGAGCUGGUCAGUCUUUUCAGAGC